AAAUAGCCUGUACAGCAGCGCAGUUCCCCUUGCUGUUCGAGCCUCGAGAUCGCUUCUUCAGUGGUCGAAUGUGCUGGAAACGGCAACGAUUGAAUGUACGGGCAAAUUUGAAAUAUCCCGGAGAUGACCUCGGACCAGGUCACAGAAAGCGGGGAAUUAGCCGAAGACCGGGUUUCUCCCGAGACCCUGGAGGCGUUCACGUUCUGUAUGAACUUGACCAUGCCAGGGGUGGACGUGGGCAAUGCAUGACACCCCGCCGACGUCCUAACCCGCGGCAACAACCUUACAGAGAACCCGGGUCGUUCCAACGGUUACAGUUGCAACCGCGGGUAGUGCCGUCGAAUACGACAAGACGAGCAGUGACCACAGCAACGCAACUUUUUCACGUGUCUCCAAUGCCGUUAGAGUUGCUGACACUCUGGCAACAAUAUCCCUGGUUUUUCGGAGAGAGGAUGUGCCAAUUGAGAGGCGUGAUCACAGAAGCUCCUGCCUACGUCUCAGUCCUGACGAUUUCAGCCUUUACCGUUGGAUGGCGUUUGAUCAACAGCAGAGCGCAGGCCGUAAUGAUCUGGAGACUUUUGAAAACUUCUGAGCAUUGUUUCUCCCCGAUUAUUUCUUCCGCACCAGCAGUGCUGAGUUUACUGGAAUCGCACGAAGCUAAGCCGCGCGAAUCGGAUCAUCCUGGUCAUCUGGAUUAUCAGCUUUGCCAGCGCUUCUCCCUGGGGCAUUUAUCACACGAGGUGGGCAACCAACCAAAAGCCCCCCUAGGUCAGAAGACCCCUGCCAAAAGCCCAAUCCCCCUCCCACCACUUGGGUUCAUUAGUCCUCAAAAUGACUGU